GUGUUCAUGUUGUUAAGAUGAAACCUUUAUAAAGGUUGUUUCUAAGAAAAAUUGUCUGAAUCGACUCACGUUUUACUUGAAUAAUAGACGACUCUCUCAGCUUGAAUGGUUUGAACAUGGUUUCUCACUUCACACAGUGAAGACAACGGAACAAUCUUGAUACAAACAAACAAAACGUGUUGUGUGUCUGCAGUGAAUGAAAACUGCAAGUUUUUUAAUACAAAAUCUUCAUGUGUUUAUUUUGAAUGACUUAGAACCGCAGAAACAGAAAUUGAUGGAAGCGGUCCAGCAUACCAGCCAAAAUUUGGCUUUGUUGAAGAGAUUCCAGUUCCAAAAGCACAAGAGUGAGGCGGUAGUUUUGUAGUUAACGCAUGUUUGGCGAGGAAAGGAUUGGAUGACUGGAUGGUUAAGCAGAAGUAUUACUGCUCGACUUCUCGUGUAGAUCAACAGGACUGCCAGCAGAAAAACACAUGCGGACUUUCUCCACGGCAGGAGCCAUUGGAUGAAGGAUACGCUGAAGGUAUCAGUGAUGAACACUAUCGUUUAGAAGUGGCUCUGCCCCCUGAGAAGAUUGAGAGCUGUAGUGUGGAAGAGAGAAUGCAGGACACUGAUGGGUCUGCCACUGUCGGCCAACACAAACAAUUGCAGUUUGAGGAAUUGGAGUGUGCUGUAUCAGUAGAAGAAGAUAACAGGCAUGAGUGGACCUUCACCCUAUACGACUUCGACAACAAUGGCAAGGUCACGAGAGAGGACAUCACCAGUCUGCUGCACACUAUAUACGAGGUUGUGGACGCGUCAGUAAACCACUCCCCCAGCAGCAGUAAGACCCUCAGAGUUAAGCUCUCUGUCGCCCCAGACUCCAGCCAGAGAUGGAGGAACUGCACCCAGACCAAUGCAGAUGCUCCCCAUUCCAAACAUAAGGGGGAAAAGUGCAUUGAAUACUCCAAAACUUCAGAGAAAAAGUCGAGAGCUUUUCUAAGGCGUUAUCAUAGUGACCACCACAACCAGCAAGGUUGCCAACGGCACUGUGUUGAUGAGAACUUGGAGAGAAGAAACCAUUACCUUGACCUGGCCGGCAUCGAAAACUACACAUCCCGCUUUGGAACAGCCGCUCCUGCCACAGAGCCAACGAAACCCACCCACACAACCCGUUCAUCCAAUCAGAUGCGCUCACGCUCUCACGAACCCGAAAAUGACCACUCGUACCCCACUUACCAUCGGCGCUCGCAGACCAUCUCCAUGGAUCCCCCAGCUGUCCUGACCAGACACACACACACGCUCCGAUCCCCCAAAACACAUCGCACCCACACCGCUCAGGCCUCUGCCAGUCGGGUGAUAAGGAGAGGAGCUCCCCCUCCUCCUGUGGUGCCCAACCAGACACCUCCACACCAAAGCUCAGGACCUUACAGACGACACAAACAGAGGCCCAAAGAAGGGACACAUUAUCGGGCUCUGGGGCCGACCGGGGCGUCUGGUCCUGUGGUGGAGAAAGAGCAUGUGAAAGAUCUGCCCAGCUUGAUGCUGUAUGAAGGAGGACUUGCUCAGGUCGUCCAGCGGCACGAGCAUCAUCAUCACCACGAACACCAUCAUCACUACCAUCAUUUUUAUCAGUCCUGAAGAGCUGAUCUGCUCACAGUCACACAGAUAUACAGGAUGUGGAUAAAAAGAAACAGAUGGGAAAUGGAACAAAUAAGUCGAAUGAUUAGAUUUUUUUGGCUUGGCCAAGUUGAGGAUGAUGAGGACAGAUGGCAUCACGUUUAUGCUAUAAUGGCAGACAGUGUGUGUCGGAGUAUGUGUGAAUCUGUAGAUAUUAUCAUGUGUGAGUGUGUUGUAUCUUCGUGUCUUUGAAAUGAAUUACGUAAUAAGUAAGGGCUCUAUCUCUCACUCCUUCUUUGCUUUGUCUUUCUCUCUCAUUCUGUUUGAUGCUCUUUUUCUCAGUCUCUCUCUUUCUCUAUGAGUGAAUCUCACGAAACCUGUCAGAACAUUUUUUCGAGUCAUAUUUCAAUCGAAAAUUAAAAAUAUUAAAGGAAACGAAGGCAAGAUCUUUAAUGCCACUCUCAUAUGAUUUUUGGGUCAUCAUGAAACAGACUUUCCAUGACUAGUCUUGUUGAGAUUCAAUCACUCUCUUUAAUCUGUAUGAAUGGCUCAGUGUACACUGAGAUCGAAAUGGUGGAGUUAAUGAAGAACUUGGUAUAUCAAACCACUUUUGAAGGAAUACAAUUCCUUUUUUGUAAUUGUUGUGUGUGCGUGUGUAUGCGCGAAUCUGCGCAUUGUGUGCCUAUGGUGUCUUUUUUACACUUGUCUUGCGUUUCCACUGAAAGACCACUUGAAAAGCACUUCUUGUGCCAUUGCAUUCAUGACACUUUAUUUAUGAAGAGCUUUUCACAGAGAUCAACACCUUAAAAAUGCAAUACAGGACACAAUGUACAGAGCCAGUAAAUACGCUCCAAUGGUCAGUGAGCACGAGAACUUAACCGAUCGACAUGAAGAAAUCAGAACAUCAUAAUCAGCUGCUACCUCUAGUAUUAUUAUGAUUAUCUGUAUUAUUAACAUGAUUUUAUCAUUCAGAUUGUAUUUUUUAUUUGUCUCUAUUUUAAUAUGCCACCAAUCUGCAGUGUCAUCAAGAUGUACUGGAUUGAAAUCCAUUGUAAGCUUUAUUACGGAUAUAUUUUUAUUCAUCCUUUUUUUCUAUUUUUGUUUUGUUUUUCUCUGUCUGACUGUAAGCUAUCUGCAUUGUAAGACCAGGUAUCAGAGUUUAUAGCGUAAUUAUGUGUAUCAUACAAUAUGAGAUCUUGUAGGAUGUUCAGAAGUUUGUUUAAAAAAAUAAUUUAUUUGAAAAAAAUAUUUCUGUCGGGUUUAUGUCAAGUCAAAAUAGGCCUAAUCAAAUGUUUGGAAAAGUUUAUAUGUAUGACACGAAAUUAUACCUUAUAUUGUGUCUUGUAAUUGUUCAGUUGUGGUUUCAGCUUUCCCAUUUUCAGUUCAGUUAAGUUCUCAUCUUUCCACCUUGUAAACUCCAAAGCAAUUGGUGCUGUCAAGGAAAGAUAGUAUUUUUGUUUCUCAGGUUCAUUUUAGAGUCUGUGUAAUAUAAUAAUCUUAUUUUACGAGAGCAGCAAAGCACCAGAGCUGUAAGGAUGUUUUGACGGAAACUUACCAUUGAAUUUGAUUACUUUAAAGGUUCAGUGUGUGAAAUUUAGCUACAUCUAGCGAUACAGGUCGCAAAUUGCAACCAACGGCUCACUCAAGCCCUUCCGCGUCCCUUUCGAAGGCACUACGGUAGCUGACACAGAACUAAGAUGUCAUCAUGUUUUCUCUUCUCUGCUGAAAGAGAUAACAUACUAAUGAAAUGCUCUAUAACAGUUUGUCCAUUUAUGGCUACUGUAGAAACAACAUGGUCUGCAGGGGAUAGAAAUAGCUCAUACUAGGGUAAUAAAAACAUAAUGGAUCAUAUGUUAGCUCUUUUUACACCUCUGACCACAUAGUAAGGAAUACUAUAUUGCAUUUUUGUCAGUAGAUUCUCCCAAAAAAUUACACAUUGGACCUUUAAAGAAAUCUUCAUAAUCAAAUAAUUUGUAAUAAAUUAUGAUGCUGUAUAUAAUAGGGUUGUGCCUUUAGCUCAGUAUUGGCAAAAACGAAAUGUGUAGCAAGUCUGGUUUAUUUGGAGCUUAAGUGUUCCUAACAGCAGUUUUUAAACAUUUAAAUAGUACAUUAUGAAUCUAUUUUAGCUUUGAUGCAAUCAGAGUCACCUAAAGGGAAAGAGUGAAUGUGUAUGUGUGUUUGUGUGUGUGGCAGCUGUCUCAUUCCGUAGGGGCAGGAUGACACUAUCGCCGCCUAGGAGUCUCCAGUCGUCCCAUAACUCACCAAUACCCUACUGUCAGAAAGUGUAUGCGUGCGAAUUUGAAACAGGCACUUCUGAAGGUUAUAAGACACGUUUUAGCUUUUUUUAUAGUUAGAUGGUGAGCAGGUGUGUGUGUUAAAACUUACACUUUAGGUGUUUUAAAGGUACAGAUGUAAGUGAUCCACUCACCAGUGAGGUAGGACAGAUGUUUUUGAUCUCAGCUAAAUUUGUAUUUGCCAUUUCUAACAAAGAGUCAUACAUGCAUACAUUUUGAUGGAAUGCCUAAAUUGUGAUCCCAACAUUAAUUAGAAAUUUAGUUGGUGUAAAUGAAAAGGUGUUAAUAAAUUGCCAUUGGUUAGAAUAUGUCAGAGUUUGAGUGGCUGUUGUUUCGCUCCGAUUGGUGGAAGUAUGAGAGUAUCACGCUACACUUUGGAAAACCCACUGACUUCAUGGUGGUCUCAUCACAACUAGUAAGUGAGUGACAGUCGACCUUCUCCCAGUCUCUCUGUUGCUAACAAAUGAAUGUGUGGUAUGGAGGUUAACACUCCCACCCCAGCCAUCCCUCUCAUAUUCUCACUCUCAUUACAGCAUGAGACAUUACUGCUACACCCUAGCAGUUAAUAUUACUGCUUUUUAUAUGCACACAUUGGUGGACGUCACCUAUACUUACUAUUUCCUGACCAGAUGCUGAAACACUGCUGCUAAAAACUGCCGAUAUGGCAUUAUUAAAUUGACUCAUAAUCCUUUAAUAUUCAUCUAUACUUUUCUCCAGAUUAUUCAUUACACUAAAAAAUCAUUAGACUGAUAUGUUUUAGAUUGUUUAGUUGAAAAGAAUUAGUCAAGGCUUGAUGUAAAUACAAUGUGAACAGACUCCUGUGGUGAUGGAUGAGUUGAGCGCUAUUUAGUAUCAGCUCUUUCACAUAGUGCCAUUCGUAACAUUUCAUUAUUUAUAAUGUGCUUAGGUUAGUGACAGCACAUUUCAAAGUCACAGUGUUUCAUGGAGGGGCUUGUAUAUAAAUAACACAACUUGCUAGGAUUUUAUGCCACACCCACUACCCACUUGACUUUUGUUUUGUUUACAGUGGAAUAUGGAAAAAAUUGUUUUAUUUAUUUGACCUGUGCUAAAACAUCUUUCAUUAAAAGCUAAACCGUU